AUGUCUCAGGAGAAAGCCCAAGCUAAGGGCUUCAAGUCUUCCGAUACUACAUCACAGUCAUACCUCUCUCAACCCGCGCACAGCCUUUCCUUUGAUAAUGUCAUUCAGGAAUUGGGCACGAACUCAGACGAUGGUCUCACCUCUAGUGAAGCCAAGGGGCGCAUCGAGAAGUAUGGCGAGAACAUGCUGGAGGGAGACGAGGGUGUCUCCUUUGCGAAGAUUGUCAUUCGACAAAUUGCCAAUGCCAUGAUGCUCGUUCUUAUCAUUGCCAUGGCAGUCAGUUUUGGUAUCAAGGCUUGGAUUGAAGGUGGCUUCAUUACAGCCGUCAUCAUUCUCAACAUUGUCGUUGGAGUCUACCAAGACUUUGCUGCUGAGAAGACCAUGGACUCGCUGCGGUCUCUCAGCUCUCCGACUGGCGUUGUGACCCGCGACGGUAAAACCGUGACUGUGCCUGCCAACGAGAUUGUCCCCGGCGACAUGGUAGAGCUCAAAGUUGGAGACACCGUGCCUGCAGAUAUCAGACUAGUGGAAGCAUUCAAUUUCGACACUGACGAAGCUCUUUUGACUGGCGAGUCGCUCCCAGUCACAAAAGAAGCCGGUGCCACAUUCGACCCCGAUACCGGACCUGGAGACCGACUGAAUAUUGCCUACAGCUCAUCCACCGUUACUCGCGGACGCGCAAGAGGUGUCGUUGUCGGAACUGGCAUGAGAACGGAGAUUGGUGCCAUCGCUGCAGCUCUCCGCGGUGGCGAUUCCAAGCGCCGUCCAGUGAAGCGCAGCCCCGAGGGCGAGACCAAGAAGCGAUGGUACAUCCAGGCCUGGACCUUGACUACGACCGACGCUAUUGGCCGCUUCCUGGGCAUUAAUGUUGGAACUCCUCUGCAACGCAAACUGUCCAAGCUGGCAAUGCUUCUUUUUGGCAUUGCUGUAAUUUUUGCGGUCGUGGUUGCCGCAGCCAACAGCUUCCGAGGUGAUAGCGAAGUCAUUAUUUAUGCCGUCGCCACUGGAUUGGCCAUGAUUCCGGCUUGUUUGGUCGUUGUCUUGACAAUCACUAUGGCCGUUGGAACUAAGCAGAUGGUGCAGCGACAUGUUAUUGUCCGUAAACUUGACUCUCUCGAAGCCCUCGGGGCUGUCACGAACAUCUGCUCCGACAAGACUGGCACUCUUACACAGGGUCGCAUGGUCGCCAAGCGUGCUUGGAUUCCUUCCGUUGGUACUUACUCGGUCGGGCCUUCGAAUGAUCCUUUGAACCCCCAAGAAGGAGACCUGAGCCUCAUACCCGAGCCGCCAGUCAAAUUGGGCCCAGGCUCCAAGCAAAGUGACCCCACAAGCCCGGACGAUUUGCUAGACAAUGAGUUCCUCAAGUCUUUCCUCAAUGUGGCCGCGAUGGCUAACCUUGCCUACCUUCACAAAUCGGCCAACGAUGGAUGGCAGGCUCGCGGUGAGCCAACGGACGUUGCCAUCCAGGUGUUUGCAUCGCGAUUCGACUGGGGGCUUGAUCGAUGGACCAAGGGCGAAAGCCCCGUCUGGAUGCAGAAGGCCGAGUAUCCCUUCGACUCGAGCGUGAAAAAGAUGUCCGUGAUUUUUGCCAAUUCCGAGAACUCUUCCCAAAUGGUAUUUAGCAAGGGCGCCGUAGAGCGUGUUCUGGAGGCCUGCACUACUAUCACCUGGAAGGAAGGGUCCGAUCCAGUUCCUUUGGACGAUAACAUCCGUGAUGAGAUCCUCCAGAACAUGGAAGCCCUUGCAAAGGAGGGUCUUCGUGUGCUUGGCCUCGCCGGUCGUGAACACAAUGCCCGCACCAAGGAGAGCGAUGAACCUCUUCCUCGAGAGGAGGUCGAGAAAGACCUUGUAUUCUAUGGUCUUAUCGGACUUCACGAUCCUCCUCGCCCCGAGACCGCAGGUGCCAUCGCCCAGUGCUACAAGGCUGGAAUCUCCGUGCAUAUGGUGACAGGUGAUCACCCUGGCACUGCCCGUGCAAUUGCGGCUCAGGUGGGAAUCAUCCCGGACAAUAUGAAUAUCUUUGCAAAGGAUGUUGCCGAUGCAAUGGUCAUGACGGCGAGCGAAUUCGACAAGCUCACGGAAGACGAGAUCGACGACUUGCCUACUCUGCCUCUCGUCAUCGCUCGAUGCGCACCCAACACCAAAGUCCGCAUGAUCGACGCUCUGCACCGACGGGGUCGCUACGUGGCUAUGACUGGUGAUGGUGUAAAUGACUCGCCAUCGCUUAAACGUGCCGACGUCGGCAUUGCGAUGGGUCAAAACGGCUCCGAUGUUGCAAAGGAUGCGUCGGAAUUAGUUCUGACAGAUGACAACUUUGCCUCUAUUAUAAACGGUAUCGAAGAAGGCAGGAGAAUUUUCGACAAUAUUCAGAAAUUCGUUCUGCAUCUGCUGGCUGAGAACGUGGCUCUGGCCUUGACGUUGCUUAUCGGCCUUGCAUUUAAGGAUGAUACCAACCAAUCCGUGUUCCCCAUUUCUCCGGUUGAAAUUAUCUGGAUUAUCAUGGUUACCUCCGGUCUUCCUGAUAUGGGGUUGGGAAUGGAGAGGGCUUCUCCAGAUGUGAUGGACCGACCUCCGCAAAGCAAACAAGGUAUCUUCACUUGGGAAAUCAUCAUCGAUACUCUCGUCUACGGUGUCUGGAUGGCAGCACUCUGUCUAUCCGCCUUUGCCCUCGUCAUGUUCCGUUGGGGUGACGGCAAUCUAGCCCAAGGCUGCAACACCCACUACAACGACGCCUCCAAACCAUACGACUGCGACACCGUCUUCCGCGCCCGCGCUACAACGUUCACCUGCAUGACGUGGUUCGCGCUGUUCCUCGCAUGGGAGAUGAUGGACCUCCGCCGAAGCUUCUUCUGCAUGCAGCCCGACUCCAAGCGCUACUUCACUCAGUGGAUGCACGAUAUCUGGCGCAACCAGUUCUUGUUCUGGGGAAUCAUGGCCGGCUUCGUGCUUGCGUUCCCCAUUAUUUACAUCCCUGUCAUCAACCACAGCGUGUUUAAACAUUCGAGCAUUUCGUGGGAGUGGGGCAUUGUCUUUGUUGAGACUGUGCUAUUCUUCCUUGGUAUUGAGGCUUGGAAGUGGUGUAAGCGAGUUUAUUUCAGGCGCCAGGAGAGGAAGGCGCAGAAGAAGGGUGAUGUGCCUCGUGAUGAUCGUCGCCAGUUGAGGGCUUUCAGCCGGUACACUACGAUGAGUCGCUCUGAGACACAGGCGACCGGGGAUAUGAAGGUUGAGAAAUCCAUGGUUUGA